CCACGAGUGUCUGCUCUGCCAACAAUUGGAAGGAAGAAGACGUAAAGAGCCAAUCACAAACCAGGGCUCCAUAUUGAACCGAUGUUUUGACUCAAACUGCUGCUCUUACAAACAGUUUACUUUGAGUCUGCUUUUUGACACAACACGAAUAAGAAGUCAGCAGAAUUUAUACUCACACGGUAACAAUGAAGCUGACGGACAUCAAAAAGCUAAAAGUAGGCGAGCUGCGGUCCAGACUGAAAGCGCUCGGGUUGGACAACAAGGGGCUGAAGGCUGAGCUGUUGGGCAGGCUGUGGUCCGCGUUAGAGGCACGACAAAGUGAGGAAGACGGAGAUGAAGAAGAGGUUAAACUACUAAAUGACCGCCCACUGACACUUUCAGCACCACUGGAGACAAUGGACGUAUGCCCUGCGUCCUCAUCCCCCCCGACAGGAGAGUACACAGACACCGCCACACAGACAGAGGCCGACACCGGUCUCCCAUCACCACAGCACGGCUCCUCUGAGUGUGCUUCAUCCCUACAACCCGGCUCUGAGUGUGUUUCAGAGUGUGUACCAGUGUACCAGGUGGAGGAGAGAGAUGUUGAAAUGCAGCAGGGAGGUGCGGAGGAUCCUGCAGAGGACAGGAGAGCUCUGUCAUCAGAGGAUAUGAUGGGCAGAGGGAGAGCUUUCUACGAGUUCAAAGAGGAGAUACGAUACAAAAGAGCCAAAUCACCACAACCUCCAGUGGACAGAGACGAGACGCAGGAGGAAGAUGAAGAUAACGUCAGACUAGAUCCAUAUGACAGUCACCUCCACUUUGAGGUGGGUCCUGAUUGUGCAUGUGGCCAGCCGCGGUUCUGGGCUCAAUUCCCCUCGCUGUGGUCUGGCUGCAGGCUCACCCACGGGGUGCUGGAGGGCAGGGUGGGCUUUGAGGUGAGGCUGGAGAGGAAGCUGUUGACUACACAGCUGAAGGAACAAGAAGACGGGGAUCCUUAUGGCCUGAGAGUAGGCUGGUCUGUGGCCAACUCCUCUCUACUGCUGGGUGAAAAUGAUUUCUCCUUUGCUUAUGAUGGGUGUGGUAAAAAAGUGUCAGGUGGGAAGGAGGAAGUGUUUGGAGAACCGUUCUCAGAGGGAGAUAUCAUUGGCUGUUAUGCAUCUUUCUCCACAGACGGUGCUGUUGAGCUUUCUUUCCAUAAGAACGGUCGUUUCAUGGGUCAGGCCUUUGCCCUGGACGCCUCUGUGCUGCUGGCUCGUCCUCUGUUCCCUCACAUCCUCAGUAAGAGCUUCUCAGUCAGAUUCCUCCUGGACCCCUCAGCUCUUCCCUGGUAUCCCAGCCCUCCAGGGUUCACACCGCUGGCAGCUCUUUCUGCUGGGCAGAGGGUGCGUGCCGCAUGGCCUCCUUCCUUCAGAGCACAGGGCGAGAUGUUGUUGAUGGUUGGUCUUCCUGGGUCUGGAAAGAGCCACUGGGCCAGGGCUCACAUGAUACAGCACCCCGAGAAACAGUACAGGCUGCUGGGCACAGAGGAGCUGCUCGCAUGCAUAAUUCGUGGUGGACAGAGGGAGAGCAGGCUACAGCAGGCCUCUCAGUGUCUAACUGAUUUGAUCAAGAUAGCUGCUCAGACUCCUGGCAACUAUAUCCUCGACCAGAGCAACAUCCUCUUCUCUGCACGGCGUUACAAGCUGCAGCUGUUCUCAGGCUUCAGCCGCCGCGUGGUGGUGGUCUUCCCCUCAGCAGACGAGUGGAAAAGACGACUGUCUCGGCACCAAACGAGCAACGGGGAACAUGUCCCCGAGACCGCCCUGCUCAAACUUCAAGUGAGCUGCAGCCUUCCAGAGCAGCAGAGCGACCUGCUGGAGGAGCUACAGUAUGUCGAGCUGCCUCAGGAACAGGCACAGACACUUCUGCAGGAGUUUAAAGACGAGGCUCGCAGACUGCUGCCUCCCAUCCCCAAGCAGGAGAAGAAAAAACACAGACUUCACAAGCAGAGAUCCCUCCUUCGCGGCCCUCCACCCUCACGAUGGAACGACACAAGACUCAACAUGCAGCCAUGGAGACAGCAGCCAAGAUACUGGAGUGUGCCUUAUCCGGUGCAGGGCUACUACUACAGAGACGUUGGUUACAGCGGAUAUGAAGGUUACUGCUGAAGAAACGUGGAGCAAGAAGAAACGGAUGGCGCCAAUUGUAAUCUGUGUUUACAAGGACAAUCAU